ACGCCCCGGCGAUGUACAUAGUAGUACUAGCCGUCUACCAAGCCCACAAGCGCGGUGGCAUUAGACUGGCUGGCCCUGUGGAUGAAGAAUCCUGUCAUCCGGCCAAGACUGCUGCUUCACGUCUUCCUGAUGGAUAUUCCGUCCCUGCACGCCCGCCAUUUGGCCACCAGGGAUAAUUUAACCCCAAUAACCAAGGGCAAAGAAGAAGAGCCACGACAGGAUCGAUCUCCUCUGGACCCUUCUGUCCGUCGGGUGAUGGCUUUCUUUUCUCUUUUCUCUUUUCUCUUUUCUUUUUUCUUACCCCGUCUUCUUCUUUGAGGUUCCUUCUCUCUCUUCACACUGUUACUGUUGGGCAACUUGAAAACCUUGUACUAAUAAGCCAGCCUCCAGGAUUUUACUCUUGUCCGCGCCUAUUGCG